AUGACCUCCUCCCCCAAGCCUGAGAAGAGACGCUGGAGCUUGGGACGGCUGCCUGGGUCCCGGAAAGGGAGCAUGACUCCCAGCAAGAAGCCCUCCGCCCUGGAGCUGGCUGAAAACAGCCCCAAUGCCCACUAUGCCCCUAUGCCCCCCGCCCAGGAGCAGAUGCAGCAGGGCUCCAGCCAGCCGGCGGAUCCGGAUCGGGGCGAGCCGCAGUACAAGAGAGAGAUGGUGGUGGUGAACACGGACUGCCCCCGGCCACACAUCAACUUGGACCCUCGGGUCUCCAUCUACAGCAUCCGCAGACCGCUGCUGAGCAGGACCAACAUCCAAGGCAGGGUCUAUAACUUCCUAGAGAGACCCACCGGCUGGAAGUGCUUCGUGUAUCACUUCACUGUUUUCCUUAUAGUGCUGAUCUGCCUCAUAUUCAGUGUCCUUUCUACAAUUGAACAAUAUGCAACUCUGGCCACAGGGACAUUAUUUUGGAUGGAAAUUGUAUUAGUGGUGUUUUUUGGAACGGAGUAUGUGGUUCGCUUAUGGUCAGCAGGAUGCCGUAGUAAAUAUGUUGGAUUAUGGGGAAGGCUUCGUUUUGCUAGGAAGCCUAUUUCUAUCAUUGAUUUAAUUGUAGUUGUUGCUUCAAUGAUAGUUCUUUGUGUGGGCUCCAAAGGUCAAGUCUUUGCAACCUCAGCUAUCAGGGGUAUCCGCUUUCUCCAGAUCCUACGAAUGCUGCAUGUUGACCGUCAGGGUGGCACAUGGAGACUGUUGGGAUCAGUAGUUUUCAUACACAGACAAGAAUUAAUAACUACCUUGUAUAUUGGGUUUCUGGGCCUGAUUUUUUCAUCUUAUUUUGUGUAUUUGGCUGAAAAAGAUGCUGUGAAUGAUUCAGGACAAACAGAGUUUGGCAGCUAUGCAGAUGCCCUGUGGUGGGGAGUAGUGACUGUUACAACUAUUGGUUAUGGGGAUAAGGUACCUCAGACGUGGAUAGGAAAGACCAUUGCAUCUUGUUUUUCCGUGUUUGCUAUCUCAUUUUUUGCCCUUCCUGCGGGAAUUCUCGGUUCAGGCUUUGCCCUGAAAGUACAACAGAAACAAAGACAGAAACACUUUAACCGUCAAAUCCCAGCCGCUGCAUCUCUCAUUCAGACUGCAUGGAGGUGCUAUGCAGCAGAAAACCCAGACUCUUCUACAUGGAAAAUAUACAUAAGAAAACCUGCCAAAAAUUAUCAUUUGAUGUCACCUAGUCCAAAAUCAAAGAAAUCAGUAAUGGUAUCGGUGAAGAAGAAGUUUAAGACCGAGAAGGACAAUGGACCUUCUUCUCCAGAUAAAAUGUUAACUGUUCCACAUAUCACUUAUGACCACGUGAUGGAUGAUAGGAAGUCUGACUUUAAUAUUGAUGCAUAUGAAAAUUCUGUGAAAAAGAGUCCUGCAUUUUUAGAUGUGAACACGGUACCCUUCAUGAGGACCAACAGCUUUGCAGAUGAGCUUGACCUGGAGGGUGAAACAUUGCUGACCCCAAUAACUCACAUCUCACAGCUGCGAGAACACCACCGUGCUGCCAUUAAGGUGAUACGACGGAUGCAGUACUUUGUGGCAAAGAAAAAAUUUCAGCAAGCUAGAAAACCUUAUGAUGUACGAGAUGUUAUUGAACAGUAUUCUCAGGGUCAUCUCAACUUGAUGGUACGAAUCAAAGAGUUGCAAAGAAGGUUGGACCAAUCUAUAGGGAAGCCAUCUCUUUUUAUUUCUGUCUCAGAAAAAAGCAAAGACCGAGGGACUAACACAAUUGGUGCAAGGCUGAACAGAGUGGAAGACAAGGUAAUGCAAAUGGACCAGAAAUUGAACCUCAUUACAGAUAUGCUGCAUCACCUGGUUUCCAAUCAGCAGGAUGGCCAAAGCAGUAAUGGAUCAUCUCAGAGAAGCAACACCGUUAACUCAGAUUUCUUCCUCCCUAACAACACCCUCCCUACUUAUGAACAACUGACAGUACCAAGAAGAAUCCAAGAUGACAUAUCCUGA